AUGCGUAGACGCACUUUGAAGGGCUUGAGGAGAGGACUUAUCCAUUCCCUGACUCUGAUGUGGUUGCAGUUAGAAGACUUGCUGGAAAAAGGUGUCGGCUUGCCUGAGUGUAGACGGCAGAAGGAUGAAUCGCACCGACAGUCCAAGUACUCGAGAAUUGAGGGCAAGGAAGAGGAUGUUAAGCUGGGAGCGAACAAGUUCUUGGAGAGGCAUCCAAUCGGGACGUCGGCUCAGACCCAGGACGAAGGGAAAGACUACAAGGAGCCGCCGCCGGCUCCACUGUUCGAGCCCGGUGAGCUGACGUCAUGGUUGUUUUACAGGGCUGGGAUCGCCGAGUUCAUCGCCACUUUCAUGUUCCUUUACAUCACAAUCUUGACGGUGAUAGGAGUCGUCAAGUCGAAGUCGAAGUGUACGACGGUCGGGAUUCAAGGCAUCGCUUGGGCUUUUGGCAGGACCAUCUUCGCCCUCGUCUACAGCACCGUCGGCAUCUCCAGUGGUCAUAUAAACCCAGCGGUGACUUUCGGGCUGUUUUUGGCCAGGAAGUUGUCGCUGACCAGGGCGGUGUUAUACAUAAUUAUGCAGACCCUCGGAGCUAUCGCCGGUGCCGCCGUCGCGAAGGGCUUCGAGAAGAGCUCCACCUUCGAGAUACUGGGCGGUGGUGCCAACUCUGUUGCCCAUGGUUACACCAAGGGUAAAGAACUUGGUGCUGAGAUCAUCGGCACCUUUGUCUUCGUCUACACCGUUUUCUCCGCUACCAACGACCACUAACCAUGACGGCGGCGGAGAGGCCUCAGAGUUGUCAGAGAUUUGCAGUUUCUGACAUAUCUGCACCUAAGAUUUGCCAACUCCCCAACCCAGCGCAGAAAUUCUGGUGAAUCAGCACAUCAAAGGCCAUGAAGUUAGUUCUGGUGAAACCCAUCGAAGGCCUGCACAAGUCAGACCUGGCGAAGUUCUCGGACCUGGUCGACCCGCCCGAGUCGUGCGCUGGGUGUCUGUACAAGUAACCAGGUCG